AUGGGUCGGUCACGCAGAAUCGACGUGGCCGUGUCGCCAUACCCCGUUGACGAGCCCGCAACGACGCGAUUGCUUGACCCAAGCUUCGAAGAAAAUGGCAGCGAGCCGCUCGGCAACGGUCGCCGCGAUAUCUGGAAUGGGCCCCGGGAUUUCGAGCAGCUCCCGUGGUGGCGCACGCCUUCUGUAUUCUGGCUGCUGGGCCCCUUUGCCAUCUUCACCUUGGCCUUUGGCGGUGUCAUAGUACCCAAGCUGAACCUAAUUCUUGAUCUCGUCUGCCGGCACUACUUUGCCGACGAGACAUUCCUCGAUCCCGGACGCCCCAUCAUCCUCGGAAGCGACAAUCCCCAGUGCAGAAUCCCGGAGGUGCAGAAGCAUGCCGCCACCUUCAUCCUCGUCAUGAACCUUGUCACGGGCGGACUCAGCGCCAUCGUCGCGCCGAAGCUCGGCCACCUCUCCGACAGGUUUGGCAGAACGCGACUGCUCGCCCUGGCCUCCUGCGGCGGCCUUCUCGCCGAGCUCGUGACCAUCUUGGCCGCCAAGUUUCCCCACACCGUCAGCUAUCGCUGGCUGAUCUUGGGCGCCGCCUUUGACGGCAUGACGGGAUCCUUCACCGCCGGCAGCAUCCUCUGCGCGUCCUACGUGAGCGACUGCAGCCCGCCGUCGAGCAAGAGGGCCGUCCACAUCGGCUACAUUCACGCAUGCCUCUUUGCCGGCCUCGCCUUCGGCCCCCUCCUCGCCGGCUACUUUGUCAAGUGGACCGGCAGCCUCCUCUCCAUCUUCUACGUCGUUCUCGGCUGCCACACCUUCUUCGCCCUCUUCGUCGGCUUCGCCAUUCCGGAGUCGUUGUCCAAGAGGAAGCAGCUCGCGGCGCGCGAAAAGCACGACAAGGAGAAGCGAAGGCGCGUCGAGCGGGUGGGGUCGUGGCUGUCCACCCUUCAGAACUCGAACCCGCUCGCCCCCCUUCGCAUUCUCCUGCCCACCGGGCCCGGAACGUCAACGAGGCUCCGGCUCAACCUCGUGGCGUUGGCCAUCUGCGAUGCCAUCAUCCUCGGCUCCUCCUUUGCCGCCGGGGCCGUUCUUGUCCUGUAUGCCGAGUACACGUUCGACUGGGGUAACUUUGAGACUUCUCGCUUCGUCUCCUCGCUUUCCUUGGUUCGCGUCUUUGUCCUCAUGGCCAUCUUCCCUCUCGUCAACUACUUUGGACGAGUGCGCCCGGCAGCGAAGAAGCGAAAGCGGUUCGGCGUCAUCCCCGUCGACGACAACGCCGGUGCCGAUAAUUUGGACAUUUGGAUUCUGCGCAUUGCCCUGCUGUCGGAAAUCGUAGGCUGCGUGGGGUACGUCUUGGCCCGGUCCGAGGCGCUCUUCUACGGCAGUGGCAUGAUGACGGCGCUCGGAGGGCUGGGGAGCGCGACGACGCAGGCCGUCGUUACCAAGCACGUUCCGCAGGAACGUAUCGGCCAGAUUCUCGGUGCCAUCGGCGUCAUGCACGCCCUCUCCAGGGUUGUCGGGCCCUUCAUUUUCAACGGCAUCUACGCGGCAACGGUGGAAAGCUUCCCGCAAGCCAUCUUUGUUGCGCUCGGAAGUUUGUUUGGCGUCGCAUUCCUUUGUAGCCUCAUGAUCAAGCCGCACAUCCAAUGGGAUGAAGACGGAGCGGUCGAGACGGAGCGAGAGGAGGGCGAUGUCGGGCAGCGAGCAUUUGACACGACUGAUGAGGAUCAGGUUCGCAUUCAGUGA